AAUGCUGAAAUGUUUCUGGAAUGAAACAGUUGCUUCUCUUUAUAAAGAAACAUUAUCCCCGGCUCUCCGGAAAAUCCUCCACAGCGCUCUUUGGUUUCGCUUCUCCUCCGCUUCUUUCGCCCUCUCAUCCAUUCUACCAAAAACCUAUUAUCAUCUCCGAUCCAUCAUGGCUACCCAACAACUCAAACACAGAACAACAACCUCGGAAGAAACAAAACAACAACCUACGACGUCGACGAUGAACGGCACCGCCAGAACAAGGCGACAGAAAGCCAAACGCGGCCUUAGAUCACUCGGCAUCGCCGUCGCUUUCCCCCUCUCCCUCACGCUUAUAGAUAUCUCUCUUUUCGGCUCGAGCCAGCAGUACCGCGCGAUGGAGAAGCCGUUUUGGGUGCCUCGGCUUUGGGCGCUGCACUUGGCUUGCUUGGGCUCCGCUUUCCUUAUGGGGCUCUCGGCGUGGCUCGUCUGGGCUGAGGGCGGCUUUCACCGCUACCCCACCGCCAUGCUUUUGUACCUCUCCCAGCUUGCGCUCAGCCUGGCUUGGGACCCCGUCGUCUUCAAAGCCGGCGCCACCCGAGCCGGGCUCGUGUUAUGUGUCGGCUUGCUCGGCGCCUUGGUCGGCUGCUCCCGCUCGUUCAAGAACGUCAACCCCAUCGCCGGCGACCUAGUCAAACCUUGUCUAGGAUGGGCCCUACUUCUCUCUGCUACAAAUUUUAAGCUCGCAUACCGUUGAUGAAUAUAAUGAUGAUGCAUACACGUACACAACCACUACGUAUAUUAGCCUAUGAUGUCCUGCAUGUCUUUUUACAGAUAUUAUAAUGUAAUAUUACAUCUUAGGUUUUGAUCCAGCACUUGAGCUGCAAGCAUAUAAUAAUGCAUGUUUGUUUACCACUUUACCAUAUUGUAAAAUAUUUUUCUUUUCUUUUAAUUUUGGGUUUAAUAUAGUGUAAGAAGGAUACAGGAAUACCAAAUCAUUUGAUGGUGUUUCAUUUCAAUAAUUUAACUUUCUUUUCAUACUUA